AUGGCUGAUCCACCAAUUCUACCUCCAGCAUCUCCACCGCGACAACAGAAUCCGAUCAAUCCUAUUACUGGAACGCCACCAGCAGCUGCAGCAGCCGCUGCUGCUGGAAAUGCUGCAGCAGUUUCUGCAGUUCCAGUUGCUACCGUACCAGAAAAGGAUCGAUUGCCAAAGGAGGGAGAUGAGAUUGUCACGGAAGCUGGCAAGAAAUACAAACUAGGACCAGUUCUUGGAGAUGGUGGCUACGGUACCGUAUUCCAGUCUCAAGAUGACGACAUCAAAAUUGCGGUGAAGACGGAAAAGUUCAGUAAAUCGCAACUGAAAAUCGAAAUUGUCGUUUUGAAAGCGGCGAUGCAGGCCAAUUGUAAACACUUUUGUGAGCUCAUUGAUUGUGGAACAAAACUAAAAGAUUUCGACUACAUGAUGAUAACACUAUUGGGAAAGGAUCUUCACAAGUUGAGAUGUGAACUUCCCGAACGAAAAUUCUCCAUCAACACGGCACUUCGUAUUGGGAUUCAGACAUUGAAGGCGUGCGAAGAACUCCACCGCAUUGGAUUUGUUUCCCGUGACGUCAAGCCUGGAAAUUUUGCUCCUGGAGUCAAAGCGAAUCGUCAAAGUCGGACAAUCUUCAUGUACGAUUUUGGUCUAGCCCGACGAUAUAUUGAUAAGAACAAUCAAAUUAUUGGAUCAAGAAAAGAAGUUGGAUGGCGUGGAACAACGAGAUACGGUAGUCUGAAUGCUCAUAAAAGACAAGAUUUGGGACGGAGAGAUGAUUUGGAGAGUUGGUUUUAUGGUUUAGUUGAAAUGACAAGAGGAACACUUCCAUGGAGAAAUAUUGUCGAAAGAAAUCAUGUGCAGAAGGCGAAGGAGAACUCCCGAUUGGCUGGUCGCGUUCAGUUUCUUUUUGAAACUCCCAGUCAAUAUGAUAAAAUAUUCACAUUGAUUGAUAGUUAUUCGUUUGAAUCGGCACCUGAUUAUAACCAGAUUAACAAGUAUUUGGUGGAGGCUCGCGAAGACCGUCAACUCCGUGAUCGUGAGCACUGGGACUGGGAGGAUGAGACUGUUUCAACUACAAUCACCACAAUCACCUCAUUCUCGGAUAAGGAGCUACGCGCCAAACAUGAGCAAUCCAAAUGA